GUUGGGUACUACAACUUCCAGAGUCCCACGGAUCGGUAUGGCGUGUUGCGGGGCACAGAGAGCACCCAAGAUGGCGGCGCCCAUACUCAGGGUUUGGGUUGCCAAAAGAACCCGGAAAGCGGCUCUUGGAACUAACGCGGUUCUGGCGCAUGCCGGAGAAACCAACGUGAGGAAUUAGCCUCUGGGAGGGUCGCGGGCAGGCUGUGAGGACUCUCUCCUCUUCCAGCUGAUUCGGGACAUCUGGAGCGAUGAAGAGUGCCGCCGCAGGCUCGGCGGGCCCGCUGAAGGGACUCGGGGGACCCCUGCGGAGCAGCGAGCCGGCGCGCACCGCCGCGCCGGCGUCCCCGGCGGUGCACCUGCUGGAGGAGGCGGCCGACCUCCUGGUGGUGCACCUCGACUUCCCCGCGGCGCUGCAGACCUGCGAGCGCGCCUGCCAGAGCCUGGCCCACGACGCCCUGGCCGGGGAGCCCGCCGCCACCUCCUUGGAGGUGAAGUGCUCCUUGUGUGUUGUGGGGAUCCAGGCCUUGGCAGAAAUGGAUCGGUGGCGGGAAGUCCUCUCUUGGGUCCUUCAGUAUUACCAGGUCCCUGAAAAGCUACCUCCAAAAGUCCUGGAGCUCUGCAUUCUUUUAUACAGCAAAAUGCAAGAGCCUGCAGCCAUGCUGGAUGUGGCCAGAGCCUGGCUCCAAGACCCAGACAACCAAGCCCUUCCCGAAUACCGAGUCCUGGCUGAGCUCCACCUGCAGCGUGUGUUGCUGCCUCUGGGCCACUUGUCAGAGGCAGAGGAGCUGGUGGUGAGCUCUGCAGCCUUUGGAGAGGAACAGCGGCAGGGAGUGCUCCAGGCGGUUCACAAAGCCAGGCAACAGCAGAGACAGGAGCCCUCGGGCUUCCAGGAGCUUCCAAAGAUAAACCGAGAAGGGUCCUUCUCUCACAAGUUCCUGUCACUGCUGAGGUUGCUUCACCGGCUUUGGGAUGCCAUAGUGAGCCACUUCCUUUCUGUGCCCUUCAAAAGGAGCCUCCUGGCCGCCUUGAUCCUCUGUGUCCUGGUGUUGAGGUUUGACCCAGCUUCUCCUCCUUCCCUGCCCUUCCUCUACCAGCUGGCUCAGCUCUUGCAACGGAUCCGGAAGGCCAUGUUUGCCCAUCUCUACCAGCUCCCGCUCCACGACUAAGUGUCUUCCCCAUGUGCCUCGGCCUCUGCCUCCAAUAUGCACCACCUCUGCAGGGCUGCAGGCCCGGCCCCGUCACCAGCUGGGCUGCUGUGGCAUUAGGCAGCGGCAUCCUGGGAAGAGCCAACCUAGGCACAAAGCGUGUCUCGUUGCCACCAGGCCCUCCCUGCUGUGCCCCACUGUGGCCUCCGCGGUGGAGGCCGUGGGAACAGUGGGCCCAUAGGGCAGGACUGUCCAGGGCAGCGCUUCCUACAGCCAGAGGCCCCUUGGAGAGGCGGGGUUUUGGGAGCAGGGAAUAUAUCCCUGAAACAUUCCAUGUUCUUGGCAAAGCAGGGGUGACUUUUUAGGCUAAGGUAUCAGCAGAGCCAAAGUUCAGAGAAACCCUAGUGGAGUCCCCUUGGCCUUUCACCUCCUGGAGAAACUUGUUUCUGACUGGCUUUCCACAAGACAAUCCCUUAAUUAACCUGAGACUGGGGAGAGCUGCUGUCUUCCCCCGCUGCGCCCCUCUCAGAGAUCUGGCGUAGUUACCUGUCAGUCCGCUGUCCCCAGGGUCCUACUGAAGAUGUGCGCCCUCCCGCUGCUCACAGCCCUCCCUGUGCAGGCGGUGGAGGCUUUUGGAACCUCUCCGGUGACCGCUGUAAGCAGAGAGGCCUGCUCAGCCCUUAUCUCUGGGUAAGGUGAGCUCACUUGGUGCCGUGUGGUCUUCAGCUUGGUUUCUCAGCGUGUCACUGGCCAAGGCCUGCUCUGUUACGCUCAGUGGCUGCCCCCUCCUCCCUCUGCCAGCCUCCCUGCCAUUCCGCAGGCUGCCCCAUGGCUGUUUCUCCAGGUGGCCCACUUCCUGCCUCCGUGGUGAGCCGGGAGCCAGCCCUCACCCCCACAUCCCAUGUCCCAGAAUGGUCCUGCUGUUUGUAGGAUGCCCAGGUUUUUCUGCUCCUGUGGCCUUGCAAAGUAGGCCAGCCUCAGAGGCUGAGGAGCCGAAAAUGGAACUGGGUAAUCAGGUGAGCCUGGGGCUGGGGGCUGAGCAGAACGAGACGUGGGUUUUAAGGCAAUGAACAACAAACCUCGUGGAGCCACCACUGGAAUCCUUGCGUUGUGGAGUUCACACUCAGCUUCUCACCAGCCACGUUCUGUGUCCAUGAAGGUGAACCGCUGCCCUAUGGCCAGGACCAUGAAAGUCCCUGCCAGGUGCAUCUCUGCCCAGCAGAGGCCGAGCAAACCCACCUGCAGGGAGCCCCGUCAGUGUGACGGCAAGAACGUGAGAGGGCUCACUAGCCAAUCACUUUGCACAGCUUGUGAGUUAACAUCGGUUUAGAAAAAGAACAUUUCACAGGCCUUUGGAGUUAAAUCUUCAUUCCUAGGCCAUGGUGUACUCUUUAGAAAACAAAUCUAUGCUUCUUUAUAUAGGUUCUAAAUGGAACGUAGGUCCCUGGGGAGAGAGAGAAGGACAGAUAAGGUUUGAUAGCCUCCCUUAUAAUGGUUCUCUUUCUCUCUGACACACACUUUAGAAUUUUAUGUGGGACUUGUGUGCCUGGUUUAGAAUUUCUUAAAAUGAAAAUUUGGUCCCAUUCACUACCCUGGAGAAAACUCUUAACUGUUUCGAUGGCCCGCAGGAUAAAAUCCAGAUUUUCUCUGCAGAACCAGAGCCCAUUAUGUGUGGCUUUGGGCUGCCGCCUCCCUAGCGCCGUGUGCCUUUUUCCCAGCUGGGCUUCAGCAGCAGGACAGCAGCUGCUGUCUGUCCUUGCUUCAGUAUCCUGCCCAAAGGUGUCUCUGGGAACCCUCUCCUGGGUCUUCCUGCUGCACAGCCCUCCUGCCCUGGCAGCCCUGUGGUCGUGGAGUUCCUCCUUGCCUUCCAUGCCGUGAGGCUUUGGCAGUGCCAGGCUCGGAUCCUGCUCUGCUGUGCUGUGGUAUGUGUGUGUGUGUGUGGGGGGGUGUGCAUGUGCACACCCGUGCUAGUGCUCCAAAGGCGUUUGUCCUUUCUUAGCCUGAGGCUCUCUAUGAGUUCUGUACUCCAGCUGAGUAGGGAGGUUGUGCUUAGGAGGUGAUUGGUGCCACUGGUCACUGACACAGGCCCAGCUGUCCCUAGUGCCAAGCUUGGGCGAGUGAGAGGACUCAGGGGUCAGUCAGGAUUUGCCCACUGACACAUGAGGGCCACAUGCUUUUGGUGAGUUUGCAUUGUUACACAUUGUGAAAACCCUGAGCACGAAGUCUCAUUUUCCUCUCCUAAAGUUCCUUGUGUCAUGCUACCAGGCCUUUAGGGUCUGUUUGUCCUGAGCUGUGCAGGGCUGGCUGGUUGGGGGAGGAACUCAGCCCCAGAACUCUGCUGCCUGGCCUGGACCUUUUCGGUUCUUAACUCUGGGUUUAAUGCGGUCAGUGAAGGUGGACUUGGACCUGCACUUUCUGGUCAAUUUUGUACUGUCCAGUCAGUCAACUGGGACUUUUGAGCUCUGAAAGGUGACUAGUCCAAAUUGAGGCAUUUUGUCAUUGUAAAAUACACACGAGAUUUCAAAGACCAAGUACUUAAAAAGAAUGGAAGGCAGGCAUGGUGGUGCACAUCUGUAAUCCCACCUCUCCAGGAGGCUGAGGCGGGAGAAUUGCAAGUUCAGCCCUAGCCUGUGCAACUUAGCAAGGUGCUGUCACAAAGUGGGAAAAAACAAUAGGCUGGGGUGUAGGUCAAUGAAGACUUGGGUCCAACCCCAAUAUAAUACUGGGGGAUAUAAACAAUAAUUUUGUAUUGAUUGCCUGUUGAGAUGAUACUAUUUUGGAUAUGUUGCAUUAAAUAAAAUCCAUUAAAACUAA